GAUCCACACUUCCGUUUGGUGCACAGGAAGAGCGGCUUUUUAUGAGAAGAGUGGGAAGAGUGGUGUAGCAAUGCCGAAGUUCUACUGUGACUACUGUGACACCUACCUUACACAUGACUCGCCGUCUGUGAGAAAGACCCACUGUAGCGGGCGAAAGCACAAGGAGAAUGUGAAGGACUACUACCAGAAGUGGAUGGAGGAGCAGGCACAGAGCCUCAUCGACAAGACUACCGCCGCCUUCCAGCAGGGGAAGAUUCCCGCCACACCUUUUCCUGGAGCCCCGCCCCCAGGUGGUGCCAUGCUCCCGCCUCCAAACAUCAGUGGGCCACCACGGCCUGGGAUGCUGCCGGCGCCCCCUAUGGGUGGUCCUCCAAUGAUGCCGAUGAUGGGCCCACCUCCACAUGGCAUGAUGCCCGGGGGCCCAGGCCCUGGUAUGCGACCUCCAAUGGGAGGGCCGAUGCAGAUGAUGCCCGGACCACACAUGAUGCGCCCCCCGGCACGUCCCAUGAUGCUCGCUGUCAGGCCUGGCAUGGCUAGACCCGACAGAUAAGCCCACCGUUUUUCAACAAAUGCCCUUUAUUUUUUGUUCCAGUUCAGAUGUCCCAAGCUAACUCAGAUUCCCCUAAAUGACAUUUGCAGGGUUUUCUCCUUUAGCGGUGUUUUCUAUUUUUGAUUGGCCUAAAACCAUAGAAGCAGUCCGCUCUGAGGGUGGCAGCGACAAACAUUUUCAGUUUCUCCCUUUUUCGAUGUUGAUUUUCUCGGCCUGGUCAUUGUGGCAAACAGUGAUGCAUUUUGCCAAAAUGUACAAUCCAGCUUAUCCAAUUGGGGAUUUACAGAUGGAAUGUAUUUUUUUUAUUUUUUUAAGUCCUUUAUUUUUACCAUUGUGAUCAAAGUCAAGAUGCUACCACAUCAUUUUACUUUAUUUUUAAGAGACGCUGGUUUUUACUAAGUAACAUGUCUUUACAGAAGUGAUAUGGCAGAAUGGAUUUCCCCUGUCAUCCUUUUUUAAGAAAUAAAAUGAGUAUUUCUUUUGUGA